UUUCGGCUAACAAUAUUGAUUAUUUUUAAGUGUAAACUAAAAGUAACAUAUUUGUAAGAGUGUUUAAAAAAAAAAAGGUGGGAGAUUUUUUUUUUUUUUUGUCAAAGUAGCAUGAUGGCUAGAUAUUCACUCUUUAAGUUGAAUAAGAGAAUUAUGAGUUCGAACCUCGGCUCAUACAUAUCGCAAUAUUCUUAUCAAUUUAGCUAUGCUCACGGAUACAUCCGUAAGAGAAUUCUAGUAAUACUCUUUUAAAAUACUUGAUCAUUUAUGUACCAAAAAACAUUAUUUGUUACUUAUUAGUUAAUUUUUCAUUUUGAAAAGCCAGUACAUUUUUAUUUCUUAAAGAAGACAAUAUAUACAUAAGUUGUCAAUUUAUAAGGCGAGCGUGUAAACUAUAAUAUAUAUAUUUUUAAAUAUAGAUCAAUUAAAGAAUAUGUUGAAUAGCUAGUGUGUAAAUAAAGUGUUGUUAUCAUUUUUUUACUACCAAUGUUAGCAUUUUAAUUUUUUGAUUUACUAUUACUAGAAUAGAACUUGGCUGUAACAUGAUCCUUAGAAUCCUUCAACAAAAAAAAAAAAUGAUCCUUAGAAAACUGUAACAUUUUGAUCCAUAGAAAGCAAAUGUGCUAAUGACUCGGGUCUUCGCUUAUUUUUAGUCACAUUUAUCUAUUUUUUGACAUUAAUAGCACAAAGUGUGUCUUAUAAAUACAAACCAAAAUUAAAAGACAAGAAAGAAAAAUACCACAACACAACACAAUAAAAUUGGUGUCUCUCAAAAACAAAAAACAAAAAAACACAGAAAUUGGAGGGUUUACUUGUAGAAUUAGUUGUUUAGUUUGGUAGGAAAAAAAGGAAAAACAAAUGGUUUUCUCAAAAUCAUGUUGUAGUUUUUUUAGGCUCUGCCUAAUUAUAGUGUCAUUUGUUGCAUUUCAAUGUAAUGCUGAUGGCAACCAAACCUCAACUCUAGUUGUAAAUGCUGGAUCAGCUGGAAGGCCAAUUCCUAACACCCUUUUUGGAAUAUCUCUUGAGGAGGUCAACCGUGCUGGUACUGGGGGAAUAUGGUCUGAACUUGUGAGCAACAGAGGGUUUGAAGCCGGAGGAACUCAGGUUCCAUCAAAUUUUGACCCUUGGGCCAUAGUUGGAACAGAAGCAGAUAUUCAUGUAGUGACUGAGCUUAGUUCUAGCUUUGAACGCAAUAAGGUUGCAUUGAGAAUUGAUGUGCUAUGUGAUAAUUGCCCAGUUGAUGGUGUUGGAAUUUCUAACCCAGGUUUUAAGGGCAUGAAUAUUGUGCAAGGGAAGCAAUACAAGGUAGCACUCAAUUAUCGUUCGUCAGGACCACAAGAUAUGACAAUUUCAUUCAGAGAUGCAAAAAGUGGAGGAAUAUUGGGUUCUAGCCAAAUCAUAAAACGUAAUAAAAAGGUUGCAAAGUGGAAAAAAAUGGAGACCAUAAUAACAGCCAGUGCAUCAAGUUCAAAUGCAAGUCUUACCUUAAGAACAACGAAAAAAGGAACCAUAUGGUUAGACCAAGUAUCAGCUAUGCCUCAAGACACAUAUAAGGGACAUGGUUUCCGAAGCGACUUGGUUGAAAUGAUAAUGCAGUUGAAACCAGCCUUUUUUAGAUUUCCAGGUGGUAAUUUUCUUCGAGGAGGAGCAUUGAUGAACGCAUUUCGGUGGAAAGAUACGGUUGGACCUCAAGAACAAAGACCCGGACACUUUAAUGAUGUUUGGAAUUAUUGGACAGACGAGGGAUUUGGUUAUUACGAGGGUCUUCAACUAGCUGAGGACAUUGGUGCAACGCCUGUAUGGGUCAUCAACAACGGCCUCAGUGAGACUGAUAGUGUUGAUACAAGUGCCAUCUCACCUUUUGUGCAAGAAGCACUUGAUAGUAUUGAGUUUGCUAGAGGUCCAUCCACUUCAAAAUGGGGAGCCAUUAGAGCAUCUAUGGGACACCCAGAGCCUUUUGUCCUAAAAUAUAUUGCUCUUGGUAGCAAUAAUUGUGGGAUGAAAAAUUACCUUGGAAAUUACUUGGCCUUCCACAAAGCAAUACGGCAAUCUUAUCCAGAUAUUCAAAUUAUUUCAAAUUGUGAUGCUCAUGAGAAGCCGCUAGAUCACCCAGCCGAUCUGUAUGAAUAUAAAAAUUAUCCUAAAGAUGAUGCUCGAGCUAUGUUUAAUCUUGGUGUUAAUUUUGAUAAGUCACCACGCAAUGGACCAAAGGCUUUUGUGAGUGAAUAUGCUCUAAUAGGAGACAAGCAAGCUAAGUUUGGAACCAUUUUGGCUGGUGUGGCUGAAGCUGGAUUCCUUAUUGGAUUAGAAAGAAAUAGUGAUCAUGUUGCAAUGGCUUCUUAUGCACCACUUUUGGUAAAUGCAAAUGAUAGAAAUUGGAGCCCAGAUGCAAUUGUCUUUGACAGCGAUCAAUCGUAUGGAACUCCUAGCUAUUGGACGCAGGUUCUGUUUAAAGAGUCAAAUGGAGCAACUUUUAUCAACUCACAACUUCAAACACCUGAUCCCGGAAUGCUGGCUGCAUCUGCAAUUCUUUGCAAAAAUCCUCAAAAUAAUGACACUCACUUAAAAAUAAAGAUUGCAAACCUAGGGAACAACCAAGUGAAUCUCAAGAUUUCUCUUCAAGGAUAUGUGAGCAAAAACCUAGCUGGGUCAACAAAGACCGUUCUCGCGUCUCAAAAUAUACUUGAUGAGAAUAGCUUCACAGAACCAAAAAAGAUAGCACCACAACAAAGUCCACUUCAGAAUCCUGGCAAUGAGAUGAAUGUCAUAAUCCCUCCAAUUUCAUUAACAGUACUUGAUAUCUUUUAAUAAUGAUGAUACCCUUGAGAUAUAAAUAAGCAGAGAAUAUAAGGGUUGAGUUUUUUGGAGUAAUAUUCUCAUAGUUU